AUGUCGGGCCCUGCAGUCUACAGUCGCCUUUGGGCGCUCAUUCAGGGCCCCAACGACGUACCCUCCCUCGCGGUAACGGCUUCCUUGGUGUUGCUGCUGCUGAUCAGCGCUACCUAUUGCCUUCAAGGCGAUGUUUUGGUACCAGGUGUCGAAGUCGUGGGCUUGGAACCAGGUGAUACGGACUCGAAGACAAAGCAGCGGUAUGCGGACAACGCCAGGUCCAUCCUGAAUCAAGCCACCGCAAGGUUGCGGCGACCGUUUCAAGUCUUGACUCCCACGGGCCCGCUGAUGAUUGUUCCCAUAAAACAUGUGGAUGAAAUCAGAAACCACAAGGACCUCUCAUUCCAUGAGACCAUUGCCAAGUCGAGCUUUACCAGACUUCCCGGGGUGUCGUUGCUCGGAGGGAUGGCCGGAUUCCGCUUCAUCACGGAGCAUGACAAAGUCUUUACCGAGGUUGUUCGGGUUCACUUGACCAGAAGCCUGAGCAAAAUCAUAGCUGCACUUUCCAGCGAGGCGACACAAUCACUUCAGCAGAACUUUCCGCCGUCCAAAGACUGGACGCCAGUAGUCUUCUAUCCAACAGCCGUACAUGUCGUCGCGCGGCUGUCUGCCCGAAUCUUCCUCGGCGAGGAGGCAUGCCGCGAUGAGGAGUGGCUACGCAUCACCGGCAGUUACGCGAUUGAUUCCGUCCACUUCAUACGUGCGCUACGACACUGGCCUGUACCGUUGCAGCCUCUAGUGCAGUAUCUUCUUCCAGAGCGACGACGUCUUCGGCGAUGCGAGAAUCAGGCGCGAAGCAUCAUUGCAACAUUCGUCGAGAAAAGGCAACGGCAGCGCGAAGGCUCCGACACACCGCUCCACUUCACAGAUGCUCUGCAGUGGCAGGAGGACGUAUCAAACAGGCACGGGAAGACGACUGAUGUGACGGCGGGCCAGCUAGCACUCUCGCUGACUGCCAUUCACACAACAUCCAUGGCCCUGACGCGCGUGUUGUUCGAUCUGUGCGAGCAUCCAGAGUGGAUUGAGCCACUGCGGGACGAGGUGCACAGUGUUCUUUCAGAGGAAGGUGGGGAGUGGCGGAAGUCUACUCUAUUUAAGAUGCGGCUGAUGGACAGCGUGCUGAAAGAGUCGCAGCGGCUCAGCCCCGUGCAUCUAACCACGGCUAAUGUCACUCUUCAAUCUGCUUCCGGGCUUGAGGUUCCCAAGGGCUCCAUGCUGGCCGUCUUCUCAUCCGAAGCACUACGCGACCCGACCAUCUUCCCAGAUCCGAAUCGCUUUAUAGGGGACCGCUUCCUCCGGCUGCGGAUGGAAGAGGGGAACAGAAACAAGUGGCAGUAUGUGACCACCAGCUCGCAGCACCUUGGCUUUGGUCACGGUUCGCAGUCAUGCCCAGGCCGCUUCUUCGCCGCCGCCGAGUUGAAAGUUGCACUCGCCCAGCUAUUGCUGAUGUAUGACUGGCGCUUCGCUGAAGGCUGUGCCGGAGUAAGGAAUGUGGAGGUGGCACAGGAUAUCUUUCCUGAUCCGACUGCACGGAUUUGCUUUCGGCGCCGGUCUACGGAAAUAAAUGCCAUAUUGUGA